AUGGGCUUCAUGCCAUCCACUGCAGCGAAGCUAAAUGCUUUAUUGACAGGACUGCAGAUUUGCAAACAAUAUGGAUUCAAACAGAUUCAUGCGUAUACAGACUCGCUAGAAGCCUUCCAUCUCAUCACAAGAGACCGCAGUCUACACCAUCCUUUGCGACCUACAGUGGCGGAGCUAAGAAAUUUGAUCUUCUCAAAGUGGGAUCUCACCAUCAAUUAUGCACCUCGGUCAACCAUCAAGUGUGCAGAUAUUUUAGCUAGACUAGCUCAUCAUCAGACUCAAGACUUGUUUAUUUUACAGAACCCACCUCCUGAGUGCGAUGCUUAG